AUGCCCGCCUCGCCGCUGCCCGCUGACGCUGAGAAGACACAAAAUGCCUCGCCGGGCAGGAAGAAGGCGGUCGCAGCAGACUCGCCGACGAGCGGCAUGAACGGCAGCGACUUCGCCAAGGCGAUUGGCAUCAACAAGCCCGCCAAUGUGCGCGACAAGAUCAAGCGCUGGCAGCUGGAGGGCGGCGCCGACCCUGCCCAAGCCCAAACCCACGCCCACGCCCACGCCCAAGCCCAAACCCACGCCCACGCCCACGCCCAAGCCCAAACCCACGCCCACGCCCACGCCCAAGCCCAAACCCACGCCCACGCCCACGCCCAAGCCCAAACCCACGCCCACGCCCAAGCCCACGCCCAAACCCACCCCCUCGAGCCCGCCGCCGCCGACGUCGAGCUGCCGUCGAAGCCCAGGUCGCGGCCCACGACGCCCAAGACGAAGCCGCUGGCCGACAAGCCCGACUGGAAGCCCGCACACGCGCCGGCCGCGUCUGGCUCUGUCGACAGGAGCCCGGACCGCCCGGACAGCGCCAAGAAGACGCCCCUCGCCCACAACGAGCUCGACGACGAGGUGCAGAGCGCCGUGGCGCCCAAGAAGCGCGUCGUGAGCGACUCGCACUGGCGCGCAAAGCAGUCGCCCCCCAAGGACGCCACCCGCCCGCCCCCCAAGACGAUUCCCAAUGCCUGGGUGCGCCCCUCGCGCAUCGUCAAGAAAGACCGGCCCGUCGUGCCCGACGACGUCGCUGCUGCGACCCCCGCCCCGCACACACCCCCAGCACCCCAGCUCCCGCACACCCUGGCCAGCUACAUCGGCAAGACCACCGGCCAGAAGAAGGGCACCCCGCGCCAAAGACGCCCGUCCAAGCCCUCGAGCGCCGGCAACGAGGAGCGCCCGCCCAAGCCCUCGAGCGCCGGCAACGAGGAGCGCCCAGUCAGCAGCGGCUCUGGCAGCGCAAAAGACGCCCACGUCGUGCAAGUCAUCGUGGAGCCCACCGCCGAAAAGGAAAAGUCCGAGGUCGUCAAAGUGCGCCGGAGGAAGACACGCACCUCUCCACGCGGCUCGCUGUCCGCUGAAGACGCCGAGCCUGUCAGGCACAGACCUGCCCGCAAAUCAGAGCCCGCGCCCGCGCUCCAAGACCUUGCCAACUUCAUCACAGUCGAGUACGCCGACUCCAGCCUGGUCGACUCCAGCCCCAAGCUCACGUCCCCGAGAGCAGACGAGCUGCGGGAGAGGCGCAGACGGCGCCGCCCCAAGAGCCAGCCUGGCACAGACGACGAGGGUUACAGAGAGUCGACACGCCGCCACCGCAGGACCAGGACGGACACCAUCGACGCCGAAAAGGAGCAGGUGAUGCGAGAGUUGCGCGCGCAGCAGCCAAGGCCACUAUCGCCCCCCAACAAGGUCUUUGCCACUCGACUAGAGGCAUGGCUUGACCGCACCCAGGACAUGCAGAACGAUGCAGAGCGAUCAGAAGCACGCCCACCACGCCGCAGACGGCGAUCGAAGGAGUCCGUCUCGACCACAGCCUUCUCAGCCACCACGAGAACCGAGUCGUCCAUUGUCACCGCGUCGACCGAAACCAAGCCUGAGCCAGUGCCGGUAGAGGAGGCCAGGCCGUUAGAGGAGACCAGGCCGGUAGAGGAGACCAGACCGGUAGAGGAGACCAGGCCGGUAGAGGAGACCAGACCGGUAGAGGAGACCAGGCCGGUAGAGGAGACCAGACCGGUAGAGGUGGCCAGGCCGGUGGAGGAGACUAGGCCGGUGGAGGAGGCCAGGCCGCGCAGCAGCGGCAGCGGCAGCGGGAGCGGGGGUGGAAGUAGGCGCAGACGGAGACGCCGCAGUCACGAGCAGCGAAGGGCAUCUCGCGAGUUGAAGAUCGACACCCGCGAUAUCGUCGUGGAAGAAGCAGCCUCUUCUGUAGUCUCCGACGAUACUGCUGCAACGCCUAUCCCCGACAAGACCGAGCCUGAGCCUGAGCCGGAAGUGCCGCUCUCCCCCACGCCAACCUUGAAGCGCCGCGGCGCAAAGCGCAGCCAACACUCGCGCUCCAAGAGCCGCUCCAUGUCUUCACCGCUGCGGGAGAGCAUCUCGACCGACGAUCUUACCAAAGAGGACGAUCCCAGGGCUGUUUCCGUUGCCUCCUCCGCUCCCUCCUCGUCAGUCGAUGCGUCGACUAUGGACUUUGAGAACAUAUCCUUGAAGCCACGUCCUCUUGCAGUGCAGCGCCACUUCCCAACGAGAGGCAAGCGUCUGUCUACCAUUGCCUCGGUCGACUCGUUCCCAAGCCACGCGCAACCAGCCCCUGCAUCCGAAGCUGCAGGCUCCGAGUGGACUGAGUCGGUGCUCAGUGACGACCGAACUGUCUCAGGGGUGACGGCCUCGGAAGUCGGUUCGCAGAUGAACGAGACGUCUACCGUCAUCAGUCGCAGGAGCACCAGGAGAAACAGACUCGCCAGCCACGCCGACUUGAUCUCAGUCUUGUCGAUGCCCAAGGCAGGGUCGAAGAGCAUCGUGUCUGCGCGCAGCAUACGCACCAACAGGAGCCGCCUGGCCACGGCCACGAUCCCUGACAUUAUGAAGGAACUCGCCUCCGACGAGGCCAAAUAUAUGCGCGAGUUGCGCACCAUUGUCGACGGUGUCAUCCCGGUUCUCCUCAGCUGCGUGCUCUCCACAUCAGACUCUGCUGUCGCCGUCGGCCUCUUCUCCCGCUCCGGCAAGUCUGACCCCAGCGAGGUCACAAAACCCAUCAUGGACAUGGGUGUUUGUCUCGAGCGACUGAAGACGCUGCACAAGCGUGUGCCCCUGGAAGAUCCAGACAACUUCCUCUCCUGGGCCCAGAGCGCACAACGCGUGUAUGCCGACUACAUCUCCGUAUGGCGUCUCGGUUUCCAGGACGUCGUCAUCAGCCUCGCACCCGCAGACGACGACCCAUUCAAGCCAGCAAGAGUCGUGAAUGGCCCCGAUGAUGGUGCGCCUUGGGACGAGGGCAUGCCGCGCAACGCAGAAGGCUACGUCGUCAACGGGGACGGUGAACGCGUCGAUGUAGCGUACAUGCUGAAGCGGCCACUUGUGCGGUUGAAGUAUCUUUCCAAGAGCUUGAAGGGCAUCAACCACGUCAGACCCUCGGAACGUGCGGAUAAGAUAUCAGCCACCUUCCAAGACCUCGUCACGGCCGCGCGCAAGCGGUCCAACGACGAACAAGCUCGACUCGAAGAUGAAGGUGCCGCCAACAUCGACGCCACGCGUGCUCGCGAUCCACGAAGCUUGGCGCCGCUUGCCGGCGUCCGAAUCGACGCCGCUCGGUGUGUACGAGCCAGAGACUACUUCGACAUGUACCUCUACCACUCAAGCGGCCAGGAGCUCAGCUGUCGCGUCGAGGUCUUGCUCCGCGAUAACGCCCCAGGUACAGGGCAGGGGGGAGACAUCUUAUUGUGCGAGGUCGACUCCACAGGACGAUGGCUGCUGCUCCCACCUGUGCAGCAAAGUCGUGUGUCUGCUCGUAACGGCGACAUGAAGGGCGAGAUUGUCGUCAUGAUCCGAGGCAACCAAGCCGAUGGGUCUGAAUGGAGCGAGGUCAUGUCGCUCACCAUUGACGACGAGCAAGCUGGCUUCGAGUGGGUGCAAAUGCUUGGGCUGACUCCAAUUCCCCCACCCAUAUCCGAGAUCAAGCGAGACCAGAUGUUACCAGGGCAGAUCCCAAGACCCACAAGCAGCCAUGGCUCUUCCCUAGUGUCCGCAGCAACAGCCUCCACAAUACCGCUCAAGAGCAGAACACCGAGUCCCCACGAGAUCGAGAUUCCUCUCGGAGAACAGCACACUGAGGUCUCAAAGGUCUGGAACUACGACACACCUGACAGACGCCGGCACUCGCGCACUGUGUCACCAAUUACGCCACCCAGCGGUGACGUCCCCCUUGCAAGCAGGAUCCGCGAUGCAAUCGAUCUCUCCCCUCUGGAGCCACAGACGCCUCUAGGGAUGGUGCGACACACUAGACAUGAUGAGGAAGACCUAGAUCGAACACCACGAAGCAGCUUCGACGACGCAGCUCGCUCGGACGGCACUGCAUCACCGGGGCUGAGGCGCACGAAAGCAAAGAGGCUUUCGCGGGCUGUGACAUCAUCCCCGGUCUCACAGCGUCCCUCACGCCAAAUCACCCUUGACGACCCCAUUGAGUUUGUGGACGAGCCCAAGCCAAUUCAAACUCGCGAAGCCAAGCUCGUCGAAGAGGAGAAGCAGCCGCGUCGCAAGUCAACAAAGCGCCGUGGCAAGAACUUCAGUGUAUGGAUGCCGACAUCCGGGGUAGAUAUCUCAGAUGAAUCCGACGAGAGCGAGGAAUCCGUCGAAGAAGAGCCUCGUUCGCCUCCAGGCUCCCCGCCGCGACCCCAAACACACAGGCGGGUCUCUUCGACGCCGUCGAUGGAGCUGCCAUCGAUCCCCAGGUUGAGAAAGUCGAGUCAGCCCUCGACGCCGUUGCGAGAGGCUGCCAGUGCCAACGAGCUCCCUGAACCACCCGCUUCAGCACCGCCCAAACUGAGCAAACCGCCCAGGACUCCCUCGGAAGAGGACGACGAUGCACCACCUCCACCUCCCCCUCACCGAUCGCCCAGUCCAGCUACACCUGUCACACUCAAGGGCUCAAAGACACCCAACUUCACGCCAGCACUGCCAGGGUGGAAGAACAAGCGACGAUCCUCUUCGCCUCUCAAGCACGAAUACGAGCCGUCGACCUGCACCGAAUCGUCGAGUGAGACCGAAGACGAUGUAGUCUCCGGAGAGGAUGUGGAUGAUUCCAGCGAUGCUAGCCUCACUUCGGACUCUUCCGACGAUGAACUGGAUGAUGAUGUCCCCACGCCGUUGAUGCCGCUCAACUACACUGCACCCCGAGGCUACCCAACUUCCACCAGCAGAGAUACGGCACCGCUGGAGGCACUGCCUGAAGAGACCAAGGAGUUCCCGAAGGUGUCCCCACCCGCCUCCAUCUACACCCUGCCGAAUGAUACCAUCACCCCGUCCCAGUCUGCGUCGAACCAGCCCUACCGUGCCGUUCCAGCAAGCUCCAGCAAAGCCGCCAAGGCGAUCGCAUCCAUUUUCUCCUGGUCAGAUGCUGGGAGGUGGGAUAGCCUGCAUCCAGAAGAGUGCAGCAUCGUCGUCACGCCCGGCAAGAUCGAGGUGUUCGAGAUCACCGCCACACACUCCAAGCCGCUGAUGUCCGACGGCGACGAGAUCAUACAGCCAGGAGGACGUGCUCCCCUUAUUGCGGUCGAGCUUACCCCUCUGGUGCCCCUGCGCAAGUCGACCGCCAUCGACAUCUCCAUCCGCUCCCCACCGACGUCCGACUCACGCAUCACCACCGGCAACAACAUCAUGCUGCGGAGUCGCAACGCUAGCGAAUGUGCGCAGCUGUAUGCAAUGAUCAACCAGUCCCGCAUCAACAAUCCAACCUACAUUGCACUGCAGAACGCCCGAGGACCGUACGGACAAAGCAGCUGGGCAGAAGCAAUGGACCGCCGCAACGAAGCGAGGACCAACGCUUCUUCAGGUUCUGGGUGGCUGGGAGGCACACUCGGCAGGAGGAGUAGCUACAGGAAGUCGAGCACACGCGCAGCCUCCAUCUCCGCAGCCACUGAAUCGUCGGUCGGAACCAUGGGCACCGCGAUGCGAUCCGCGCUGGGUCGCUUCUCCUUCGGCAAAGGCGGCAUGUUCAGUGUCCGAAACUCGACGCUCGGCUCACGAUCACUCAACAGCUUCGACACGGGAUCCAGCGGCUCCCUGCCCGGCUCAGGUGCAUCGUCACCCAACGGCCCCGGCGGCGCAGUCGGCGCCCCCGCCGGCAUCACAAACACAAAGUGCCGCCUGUACGAGCGCGAGACGCUGAAGAAGUGGCGCGACAUGGGCGGCGCGCGCCUCACCAUCAUGCUCCCGAGCCCCCACCCCAGCGCGCCCGGCAGCCCCAACCCACUCCAGCGGUCCCCGGGUACGCGCGACCACACGCAAGAGCGGCGCAUCCUCGUCACGAGCAAGAAGGAGAACCAGACACUGCUCGACGUAACGCUCUCGGAGACGUGCUUUGAGCGCGUCGCCCGCAGCGGUAUCGCCGUCUCUGUGUGGGAAGACAAUGUCGGUGAAGGCGGCGAGGUCGGCCAGGUUGCCAAGACCGGCGGCGUCAACGGCGCCCGCGCGCGCGUGUUUAUGAUUCAGAUGAAGAGCGAGCGCGAGGCUGCUUAUUGCUUUUCUCUGCUCGGACGGAUGAGAUACUAA